CAGCAUUACGGCAGAUCACAUAGCUGGAAGCAAAGCAGCGAGACGUGCUCGAGAUGAAGACGAUCUUCAUCCUUUUCGCUGUCCUCGGGAUAACAGCAGCAAAGGCUGUUCCUGCCCCCCGGAUUAGCGUACACACACGCAACCUCCAGGAUGACCUCAAUGACUUCCUCGCCCUGAUCCCCGUCGACGAAAUUGUCGCUAUCGUCACGGAUCACUUGGCCAACGACCCUGAGGUGCAGGCUGCUGUUCAGUACAUACUCUCCGAUGACUUCAAGAGCAUUGUCCUGGCCAUCGACGCUCUACCAGAAUACAUUGAUUUCCUCAACUACCUGCAAGAGUCCGGCCUCGAUGUCUACAAAUAUGUGAACGCUCUACACGACUUCCUGGGACUGCCCCAGCUUACCCCUCCAUCCAAGCUGAGACGCACCAGGAGCAUCCGUUCCAUGGUCGACGAGAUUCUCGCCAUCUUGCCACUGGACGAACUCCGGGCUCUGUUCGACGAGAAGCUGGAAACCAGCCCCGACUUCAAGGAGCUCUACGACAGGAUCAGAUCUCCCGAAUUCCAGUCGAUCGUGGAAACUCUGAACUCGCUGCCAGAGUACCAGGAGCUGCUUCAGAAACUGAGGGACGCUGGCAUCGACGUCGACGCAUUCAUUGACCUGAUUCGCGGUCUUUUCGGCCUGCCAACAAGCUCCAGCAACAAGAUUCGACUUCAUGUAUCUGCCAAGAAGGCCAACCGCAACCUCCAGGAUGACCUCAACGACUUCCUCGCCCUGAUCCCCGUCGACGAAAUUGUCGCUAUCGUGCUCGACCACUUGGCCAACGACCCUGAGGUGCAGGCUGCUGUUCAGUACAUACUCUCUGAUGACUUCAAGAGCAUUGUCCUGGCCAUCGACGCUCUACCAGAAUACAUUGAUUUCCUCAACUACCUGCAAGAGUCCGGCCUCGAUGUCUACAAAUAUGUGAACGCUCUACACGACUUCCUGGGACUGCCCCAGCUUACCCCUCCAUCCAAGCUGAGACGCACCAGGAGCAUCCGUUCCAUGGUCGACGAGAUUCUCGCCAUCUUGCCACUGGACGAACUCCGGGCUCUGUUCGACGAGAAGCUGGAAACCAGCCCCGACUUCAAGGAGCUCUACGACAGGAUCAGAUCUCCCGAAUUCCAGUCGAUCGUGGAAACUCUGAACUCGCUGCCAGAGUACCAGGAGCUGCUUCAGAAACUGAGGGACGCUGGCAUCGACGUCGACGCAUUCAUUGACCUGAUUCGCGGUCUUUUCGGCCUUGCCAAGAAGGCCAACCGCAACCUCCAGGAUGACCUCAACGACUUCCUCGCCCUGAUCCCCGUCGACGAAAUUGUCGCUAUCGUGCUCGACCACUUGGCCAACGACCCUGAGGUGCAGGCUGCUGUUCAGUACAUACUCUCUGAUGACUUCAAGAGCAUUGUCCUGGCCAUCGACGCUCUACCAGAAUACAUUGAUUUCCUCAACUACCUGCAAGAGUCCGGCCUCGAUGUCUACAAAUAUGUGAACGCUCUACACGACUUCCUGGGACUGCCCCAGCUUACCCCUCCAUCCAAGCUGAGACGCACCAGGAGCAUCCGUUCCAUGGUCGACGAGAUUCUCGCCAUCUUGCCACUGGACGAACUCCGGGCUCUGUUCGACGAGAAGCUGGAAACCAGCCCCGACUUCAAGGAGCUCUACGACAGGAUCAGAUCUCCCGAAUUCCAGUCGAUCGUGGAAACUCUGAACUCGCUGCCAGAGUACCAGGAGCUGCUUCAGAAACUGAGGGACGCUGGCAUCGACGUCGACGCAUUCAUUGACCUGAUUCGCGGUCUUUUCGGCCUGCCAACAAGCUCCAGCAACAAGAUUCGACUUCAUGUUUCUGCCAAGAAUGCCAACCGCAACCUCCAGGAUGACCUCAACGACUUCCUCGCCCUGAUCCCCGUCGACGAAAUUGUCGCUAUCGUGCUCGACCACUUGGCCAACGACCCUGAGGUGCAGGCUGCUGUUCAGUACAUACUCUCUGAUGACUUCAAGAGCAUUGUCCUGGCCAUCGACGCUCUACCAGAAUACAUUGAUUUCCUCAACUACCUGCAAGAGUCCGGCCUCGAUGUCUACUAAUAUGUGAACGCUCUACACGACUUCCUGGGACUGCCCCAGCUUACCCCUCCAUCCAAGCUGAGACGCACCAGGAGCAUCCGUUCCAUGGUCGACGAGAUUCUCGCCAUCUUGCCACUGGACGAACUCCGGGCUCUGUUCGACGAGAAGCUGGAAACCAGCCCCGACUUCAAGGAGCUCUACGACAGGAUCAGGUCUCCCGAAUUCCAGUCGAUCGUGGAAACUCUGAACUCGCUGUCAGAGUACCAGGAGCUACUUCAGAAACUGAGGGACGCUGGCAUCGACGUCGACGCAUUCAUUGACCUGAUUCGCGGUCUUUUCGGCCUGCCUACGAAGAAAUUUUAAACGACAAUU